UCAGGCUACGUCUGCUCAAUUGGUCACAGAGUGUGUUUCACCAGAAGAACAUUAGACAUCUCGCACGGCCUCCCGUGCUGCUCGCAUAGCUGCUAAGGCUAACCCUAGCUAACACGGCUGUUGACCGACGCUACAUUCACUGAGCCUGAAAGCGAAGUCUGGCAAAAUGAGUGCAGCCUCCUCCCAAAAGGUUGUCCUGAAAAGUACCACCAAAGUGUCCCUGAAUGAGCGCUUCACUAACAUGCUGAAGAACAAGCAGCCCACUGCGGUAAGCAUUCGAGCCACCAUGCAACAGCAGCAUUUGGCCAGUGCCCGCAAUCGCCGGCUGGCCCAACAGAUGGAGAACCGGCCUUCAGUGCAAGCUGCGCUGAAUCACAAGCAGAGCCUGAAGCAGCGCCUGGGGAAGAGCAACAUCCAGGCCAGACUGGGCCGGCCCAUCGGGGUAAUGAUGCGCGGCGGAGCUGCCGGAGGUAGAGGAGGAAUGCGGGGGAUGCCCAGAGGAAGCCUGCGAGGACGGGCGAGAGGAGGAGUAAUGAGGGGAGCCCUUUCCCUGAGAGGGAAGAGAGUGUCUACAGGUGUCCCCAUGCGAGGCCGUGGCCCUGCUGGCCGUCAUGCAAUGCGUAGAGGAGCCCGCCAUCGUGGAGGACCUGCUGGAAGAGGAGGGCCUCUGUCCCGAGGAGCACUCAGAGGAGGUGUAGCACUCAGAGGAGGUGUAGCACUCAGAGGAGGUGUAGCAAUCAGAGGCCGUGGUGGACUACGUGGACGUGGUAGUUUUGCUGGUCGAGGUGGUCGUGGCCGGGGGCGGGGCCGAGGUGUUGGCCAGGCAGCCGUGACCCGGGAACAACUGGACAACCAGCUGGAUGCCUACAUGUCAAAGACCAAAGGUCAUCUGGAUGCUGAACUGGAUGCCUACAUGGCUCAGGCAGACCCAGACAGUAUGGAGUGACCAUGAAGCACUCCUGAAGCAAACCUGAAGCACACAUAGUCACUGCAGAACUGUAAAGUUGGACUCACACAUACAGUGUAGUGUUGAUGUGCUGAGAAACUAUUGUUCAUAAUUUAGAUGAUGGUGGUGACAGUCCAGGGCUCAGCAGGAAAUCCAAGUUGUCAUCAGUUUGUGCAUCGUCCACCGGUCAAUUCUGCAUCUACCUUCUCCCGCAAAACUCUUCAUUCUGGAAUCACUGUGUGAAGGGGCCUUUUUUAAACAUUAACAAACCCUGCUGACACAUUUUUGUUUUCUUUUAAUAUGUACAUCCUGAAACAUAUUUUUUUUUAGAUUUUGAAUUGGAUUUUAAUGUUGGUGUGCCCAGAUCUUCGGAAACUCAUUGAUUGGCCGAUCAUAGAAACGUCUUCAGUGCAAAAAUUUCAUGAAACAAGUUGUUGAAAAAGAAUGUAAGCAAAACGUAUUCAAGCCAAGUAUCUCUGGUCUUUUUUUGUAUUUGUAUCUGUAGUACUUUCAAAGUCUUUAGUUCUUCUGUCUCUUCCACCUGUCAGCAGUUGGAGUGUUGGCAUUCUGAACUUGUACUUGAGAAUGUUUGUAUGACACUACCCAAAGCAAGUAAAAUAGGUUUUGAUUAA